GUUUACAUUUUCUACUAGCCUCAUACGAGUGACGAUUGACUUCUUAUCUUCUCAUUUCCGUUCUCGAAGUCCGUUUCUUCCAUUAGUCUCAACCCAUAUAAGAAGUAAUAUCUGAAUCCGAGGUCAUUAUCAUCAUAUUGAGUUCCCAAAUCUCUCACUUUUCCAAAUAAAUCAUUGAGCAGAGUUCGAUUGCUGAUGAAUGGUAGGUAGGGGCAUGACCGCAUGACCAAUGAUGUUACCGAUGGUCGAUUGCCGGAGUUUGAUCGAGUUUUGCCGAUCAUUCGAGCCGCGCAAGAACAGGAACCGAUUUCAAUCCAAUCCUCACAGGCUUCCCAGGAACAAUAAGAAUCACUGCCACUCCAAUCUGCUAGCGCACCCCUUUUGCAGCGAUCACUCCCGCAUGGCUGCUCUUGAUGCGGUUAUACUCAUCCUGGUAAUCGGAUCCCUCGGGUUUCUCUUCAUCCCGUAUUUCAUAUCCGUUACCGUUCAUCUCAUCCCGAUUCUUAUCGAAAUCGUCGUCGAAGUCAUCAGCGAUGCCCCCGCUGCGUAUUUCGUGGGCUUGGUGGCGAGCCUUUUAGGAGUGGUCGCCGUCAUCGUGGCUUGGGAGAUCGUCGAUCUACGAUCUAGGAAGUGCGGGAACCCGAAUUGUCAGGGGUUGAGCAAAGCGGUGGAGUUCGAUAUCCAGCUCGAGUCGGAGGAGUGUCUCAAGUAUUUGCCGGCGGACGCCGCCGCAAACGGGAACGUGUUUUACAAUUACGGAUCGAAGCGGUUGGAUUUGGGGCAGGAUCGGAAAGAACUUGAGGCGGAGCUCAAGAGAAUGGCGCCGCCCAACGGACGGACGGUCCUCAUCUUCCGAGCACCCUGUGGAUGCCCUGCAGGUAGACUCGAAGUUUGGGGCAAUAAGAAAACUCGUAAGAUUAAGAAAUGAAUCAUCAUCACCGUAGUAUUUUUUUUUUUGGCAAAAUCACCAUAGUAUAAUUAAUAAACAUACUCUGUAACUUUAUAUACAUACAUUAUGAAUAAAUAAAUAAAGUACUUGAUGAUUAAGAAAUGAAUCAUCAUCAUCAUAGUAUAUUACUCCGUAGUUAAUUGUUACAAAGCCUUCAUGUUCCGAAUAAGAAUGUUGUCGGGUCUUCUUACUU